GUUCUUGAUGGAGGGACCGCUUCUCUUCUCCAGGGCGGCACUGAAGAAGAAGAAGCGCAAGCGCGACGAUCCGGCGCCAGCAGCAGAACGCCCAGAUGAUGGCAAUGCGCGCUCCACCGAGAUUUGCAAGGAAUCGGAUGCUCCAGAGGGCGGCGGCGGGGUUGGAUCGUUUGAGGAGCUGGGAGUGGCGGAAUGGCUCGUCGGCGCCUGCAAGGAGCUAGGUAUGCGCCAUCCCACGCCGGUCCAGAGGGCUUGUGUGCCGCAGAUUCUCAAGGGAAAGGAUGUUUUGGGCAUGGCGCAGACUGGAAGUGGCAAGACGGCCGCAUUUGCGCUGCCGAUUCUCCAGCGGCUGGGAGAGAACCCAUACGGGAUCUUUGCGCUCGUCAUGACCCCCACUCGCGAGCUCGCCUUCCAAAUCUCCGAUCAGUUCAAGGCGCUGGGCGCUGGAGUCCAUUUGCGCUGUGCUGUGGUUGUGGGUGGCAUGGACAUGACGACGCAAGCACAGAUUUUGACGGAAAGGCCUCACGUUGUGAUUGCGACGCCGGGAAGGAUCAAAGCUCAUCUUGGCAGUGAUCCAGACAUCGCUGCCGCCUUCUCCAAAACGAAGUUUUUGGUGCUUGAUGAGGCAGACUUGCUGCUUGAUCGCGGGUUCCAAGACGAGCUGCAAACCAUUUUCGAUGGCAUCUCCAAGCAGCGGCAAACACUGCUCUUCUCCGCCACUAUGACUGGGGAUCUUCAGGCGCUGCGAGACCUGUUUGGCCACAGGGCCUUCUUCUACCAGGCAUACGAGGGGCUCAAGACUGUGGAGUCUCUCGACCAAAGGUAUAUUUUCAUGCCGGGGAAGGUAAAGAACGUCUAUCUCACGUAUCUUCUGGAGAACCUCGAACUGGGAGACAUACGCUCGGUUAUCAUCUUUGUGUCCCGCUGCAGGACGUGCCAUUUACUAAGCUUGAUACUGGACGAGCUUGGCAUCUCUGCUGUGGCUCUACAUUCAGUGAAGACGCAGCCCCAGCGAUUGGCGGCUCUGAAUCAGUUCAAAUCUGGGCAGGCAACAAUCCUGAUUGCAACCGAUGUUGCCAGUCGGGGCCUGGACAUUCCAACCGUGGAUCUAGUCGUGAAUUACGAUAUUCCGAGGUUUACUAAGGAUUACGUCCAUAGAGUCGGACGAACUGCGCGUGCUGGGCGUGGUGGACGUGCGAUCUCUCUUGUAACCGAGCUUGACGUUGAGCUGGUACACGAAGUGGAGUCCUUUCUCGGGAAGAAGCUGGAGGAAUACGAAGUCAGUGAAUCGGACGUGCUGAAAAACAUUACCAAGGUCUACAAAGCAAAACGAGUUGCAAUCAUGAAAAUGGAAGAUAGCGGCAUCCAAGAGAAAAUGGAUGCCCGUAAGAAGAUGAAAGUUAAGUCUCGAGCAUGAGCUAGCAGUUAAGUAGAUCUACCAUGCUGCUCCAGAGCCAAUGUUAUGGAGCAGUAGCUGGAUCCAUCGACCAUCACCGAUUGGCUGAAGAUGGAGAGAAGCCUGAUCUCGUUGACGGGUCUCACGCCAUGGAGCAGCAUCUCUUGGAGGAGAUCCGUGGCUAUCGCCAGGAAUCCAUUUGGUGAUCAUGGACGUCCAUGACACAAUGUUGGUUCUUAUUUCUUAUUUUACAAAUUUGUAUUUGUCAA